AUGGCAUCGCCCUCUAAACGACUAUCUCUCUCGCCGAAGAAAAUGGCACAAUUUUCUUCGUCAUCAAAUGAACCCGAUAGCUCUUCUCAAGGGCCUUAUUUGCAGACAAAGCUUCCUACUCCGCUUGCUCGAACCCUAUCAGAAGUCCCAAGCUAUGAACGAAUAAAGAGGUCGCAAACAGCUGCUGACCACCACUUGAAAUUUGUUGUGGUUGGCGACGGUGCAGUUGGGAAGACUUGUCUUCUAAUCUCUUACACGCAGGGGUCUUUUCCAGAAGAGUACGUACCGACUGUCUUUGAAAACUACGUUACAAAGAUGAAGGGCCCGGGAAACGCAGUGAUCGAGCUCGCGCUCUGGGAUACUGCUGGACAAGAAGAGUACAAUCGGUUAAGGCCGCUGUCCUACACAGACGUUGAUUUACUCAUGGUGUGCUACUCCGUGGACAGCAAAACUUCUUUGCAUAAUGUUCAGGAACUGUGGAUACCAGAGGUUAGGCAUUUUUGUCCUGACACGCCAAUCAUGCUCGUGGGAUUGAAAAGUGACCUUUACGCUUUAGAUAACCUCGAGAAGCUUGUAGAUCCCAAGGAUGCAGAGCUUUUCGCACAGCAGAUGGGUCUAAUGGGACACUACCAGUGCUCUGCAAAGUAUCGCAAUAAUAUUGAUGAACUUUUCAACGUAGCUAUCACCACGUUGUUAUAUGAUUCAAUUCAGGAACGCAGAGGAAAAUCUAUGGUCAAUCUUUUCAAAACGAAGAGAAGUACCGGAGCAUUAGGACCGAUGGCCAAGAGAAGAAAGCAUGCAUGCUAUGUGCUGUAA